AGGAGGCCACGGUCUUUGUUCGAUCCUUUUUGCCGUUGCGUUUUCAUUUGUUGUCUGAGCUCUCGCACGAUGACAAACCCCGAAAAUCCUUCAGAUUCUCCUGAAGUUGUUCCUGAGUGGAACAUAAAAUUCAAUCCUGUAGAAGUGAAUGGAGACUUGAAAGAACACUUUACAAACUACGAGCAGCAUGGACUGAUGAAGAGCGAACCUGGUGGCUUUCUGUUGACGGAUGAGUAUGCACGCCAUGCCAAAGAAAUUUCACGUUUUCAACCAAGGAGCGACGACGUUUGGGUAGUAACCUUUCCAAAAUGCGGAACGACGUGGACACAGGAAUUAGUGUGGAUGAUUCUCAACAAUUGUGAUCCAAUUGGAUCUAAGGCACCAUUAAUAGUUCGGUCACCCUUUCUAGAGUUCCCAUACAUGAUUGGUAGCUGUCUUCCACCAGAGCACAGCAAAAUGCUGAUAACACUUGAUAAGGUUGAGCAAAUGCCUUCACCAAGAGUUAUUAAAAGCCAUCUGCCAUUUUAUCUUCUUAAUCCGAAGUUAUUGGAUACUUGCAAGGUGGUUUAUGUAGCCCGUAAUCCAAAAGAUGUCAUUGUUUCAUAUUUUCAUCAUCACAAACUUAUUCAGUUUCAUAAUUUUACUGAAGAUGUUGAAAAAUUCGCCCGAUACUUUAUGGAUGAUGAACUCCUGUUUUCUCCUUUUUUCCCUCAUAUUAUUGAAGCCUGGAACAAACGCCACAACCCAAACAUGCUCUUUCUCUUCUACGAAGAUCUUAAAAAGGAUUUACUUGGAGAAAUUAAGAAGGUCGCCACAUUUCUCAACAAAUCUCUGUCGGAAGAGCAACUUACAAAUCUCAAAGAACAUUUAAAAUUUGAUACUUUUUCGAAGAACGAGUCAGUCAACAUGGAAAUGGCCAAAAAGUUAGGCGGAUUCAAUCCCGAUGGUCACUUCAUUCGCAAAGGGAAAACUGGUGAUUGGAAAAAUCAUUUUGGCCCAGAGGUGAAUAAGCAAAUCGAUGAGUGGAUGGAAAAAAACUUGAGUGGCACUGACCUCAAGUUUAUAACAGAACUUGAAUUCCAAGAUUAACACUAAAUACUCGCUAAUACUGCAAAUGUUCAGUGCAAUAUUGUUUUGAACAAUUACGUAUUAUAUCAUUGCUUCAGCAUAACAACAUUACGGUUCGACUGCUUACCGUGAAACACGUACACUCUAAUUUCGCUUGCCAGUACAUCUAACUUUAACUUGUCUUUAAAAAAUCACCUCUUCAACCAUUUAAAAAAUCAAAUCAAUUGGGCGGCGUAAAAACAACAACAUUGAUGACCCAAAACGAUUCGUAUUACCCACAUUCGUAUUACAGUCGUAUUCAGCACUGUAAUUCGUUCUUUGGAAAAAUAGAAAUAAAUAUAUUCUUAUGUAA